GCAAUUUAAUAACUUUAUACAGUCAAGUAUGGAUGCCCCCAUGAACCAUAUUUUGACUGAGUCUCAAAAGUUUCGCAAGCUAUGCCAAAAGGCAUAUUGCUUUCCACCGAGAAGCGAUUCACGGCACGAGAUAGAACUUAGCAAUAUCUUAGACGAGUUCAAUUCGUUUGAUUAUGGUGCUAAAUUUGUAAACGAUGAGGACGCAGUCUCACUUCUCUGCCGACUGAGUGAAAGCAUUAGUUCAACAAGCGACCAUUUGGUUUCAAAAUACAGCCAACUGUUAUCACAUAUAGUUGCAAAUCAAAAGGUUCAUGUGGAUUUGCAGUCUUUACACACCCUCGUCCAAUAUAUGAUUAGUGCCAUCCAGGCAUGCCAGCAGUGGACACUUGCAGACACACUGCGUGCCCUCGGAGCUCUGCUCUAUGAAAACACAGGCAGACUUGACAAGUUUCAUGAUGUGCUGUUGAGCCAUGAGCAUGGAAUACUGAUUGACAUAACAAGCAAUCAGAGCUUCAGCCUUGAUGUCCGAAGAGCAGCCUUGCAAUGCGUCGAGAAUAUGUGCAUGAAGACACAGAGUCUACCCUAUCUACAGGAAGUGUACGUCAGCUGCUGCCUGCAGCUGUUUCUCACAGCACUGCAGAUGCCACGAGACUCGAGAGAAAAUGACGUCAGCCACUGCCGGAUUCUGGUCAGUGCACUUAGGGGCAUCCAAAACAUAGCAACCUUCACGAAGAACUCACACAUGCAGCAACUUGGCCGCCUACUAGCCGCAUUAAAGGUGUACAUGAUGUACGGCUUGCCCGGGCAGAGCCCACACGUGCCCGACUCGCUCUUUCCCACUCCGCUCAGUCGGUACGACCCAUCUCCCAACCCUUCCUCCUCUUCCUCCCAAUCCAAUCUGCUCACUGCCACCCCUGCUCAGGAAGCACGUGUGCAAAGCGGACGGAAAAAGAAAACCGACGCGCGAAAGAAGCGGAAAGGCAACCAGAGGAAGACGCCGCGUAAAGGUGACAGUGCAGCAGACGAACGGGAACAGGGGUCAAGCUCAGGUCAAGAGGCGGAUGAAAGCAACCCAUCUCUGGCUGAGGGGUCAGCCUAUGACCGAUAUGGACUCACCAGGGGUCUCUGUCUGCAGCCAACAUGGAGGGUGAGCAGUUCAGAGAGUGAAUACUCAGAUACAGAAGGUGGUCAGACAGCCAAGCUUCGGUCGAUGCAGGGAAAAGUGAGGCAGUGUGCCUUCUCAACCCUGCUGCAGAUCGUUAAGGCGACGGAAAAGAAGGUGAUAUUCGGCUACUGGUCGUCGUUCCUACCGGACAGCCCUGUGGCUGGUAGCGGCAGUGGCCUACACACCCAGACUCUGAUCACGAGUGUCAUGAAGGAUCCGUCUCCGAAGGUGAGACAAGCGGCGCUCGGCGCUCUCACCGCCAUGUUGGAUAACUCUAAGCAGUACCUGGCAGCUGCUGAAGACAGUGAGUCGUGCCGCAGCGCUGCCUUCACAGCCUUCUCCGUUUCGCUCGGAUCCAUGAUCAAGGAGCUGCAUCGCAGCCUGCUUCUCGCGAUGUCGGCCGAGAACUCCUUCCUGGCUCUCACGCAGAGCAUCAAGUGUCUGGCGGUGCUGGUGUUGAAUGUGCCCUAUCAUAGACUUCACCCGGGCCUGCUCACGAAACUGGUGAAGCAACUCAGAAACUUCAUGAACCACCGAGAUCCCAACGUGAGAGUCGCCUGCCUCACGUGUCUCGGCUCCGUGCUGCAAGCUCCCGUCACGGAGGUCCUCGACAUCUUCCAGGGAGCGGGGCCGGAGAGCAAGCACCAUCGCCGUGACGACGACGACGACGACAGCGGCGACGCGGCGCCGAGGAUGAGCUGGCUAAUCGAAGCCUGCAUCGCGAACAUUCUCACCGAGCAGGAUGCGUCAACGUCGUCGGACCGGCCACCAGGAGGCGCCGCCGUGCGGGCCGUGCCGCCGCUGCCUGUGCGUCUGGAGUCGCUGCAGGUGCUGGCGAUCAUGGCCAAGCACCACUUCCCUGUCAUAAGGCCUGUUGUCGGCGGCUUCUCCCGGCUGAUGCUCGCCUGCCUGCAGGAGAGGGAGACCUCCGUGCGGCUGCACACGGUCAAGCUGCUCGAGGACCUUGGCUUCUCCAUGCUACAGAGCCUCGCAGGCAAGCCACCCGACGCGAUCACCGUCGACGAGGCCGUUGCAGUGUGGGGAUCCCUUGUCGGAGGGCCACUGCUCGGACUGCUACAGACUACAGGACACACAACAAUUGCACUCAGAGCUACGGUGUGUGACUGCCUAUCCAACAUGGGCGCCGUCGUAUUCGAACUUCUGCCGCUCGACCGCCGGAUCGCCUGCAUAACUCUGCUGCUCGGACUUAUUGCUGACGAAGACUACAGGGUCCGUGGCGCGGCCGUGAGGGCGCUGGGGUUCUACGUUCUCUUCCCGUCCCUUGUGCAGGAUGUUGGUUUCGUAACGGACAGUGCCGCAGCGAUAUUGUCCUGCAUGGAAGACUCGGUGUCCAACGUACGAGUUAAAGCCAUGUGGUCGGCUGGAAAUGUGUGCGACGCCCUCAUCCUUAACAAGGAUAAGGAAAAUGGCGACUUUUUAUCAGAGUUUCCGGAUGCUCUCCUGCUGCAGUUUUUCAGAGCUUGUAUUGCCGCAACUCAGGAUAAUGACAAGGUGAAGUACAGUGCUGUGCGAGCGUUGGGUAACCUGCUGCGAUACGCGCCGCAUGAAUCACUACAGGACCCGAUGUUUGUGGACCUGGUGGAACAGGCGGUGUCACGACUAGUAAGGAACAUGUCCACAGGGGCAGUCAAGGUGCGCUGGAACUCGUGCUACGCUCUCGGCAACAUGUUCAGGAACGACUGCCUGCCUCUUGGCUCUGCAAACUGGGUGGCAGACGUGCUCACCGCUCUGGCGUCUGUCGUCAGAGAAUGCAAAAACUUCAAGGUUCGCAUCAACGCGGCUCUGGCGCUUGCAGUGCCCACCAGGCGGCAGCACUACGGCUCCGCGGAACUGUAUCUGGGUCUGUGGAGGGUGCUGAUUGAGGCUCUUGAAGCCUCUGACCAGAUGGACGACUUUUCCGAGUUCAAGUACAAGGACAACCUCACCGACCAGUUAUGCGCGACACUGCUACAUCUGUCAUGGCUGCUGGCAAAGGAUGACCUUGAGGCAGUAAAUGCUCUCGUCUGUGAGGGAUUUGACGUGCUCUCCACCUACCUGGCCAAGUACACGAGAAAUCUCGCACUGGCAGAGCCUCCCGUGAAAGGCCAGACUGUUAGUGCUGCCAUGGCAAUGGAACAUCUUUGUGAAUUAUCUGGUACAGACCUAACUACAGCUCAGGUUUCAGCACUAGAGGGCAUCACGGUAGCAUUUUCUGUAUCUAUAGAACAAAUAGAAUGAUAGCAAAUAUACGUUGAAUAGCACUGACGUGAUAUAUUUGAAUUGAUUUAUACCUGGGAAAUGAUGGGCUUAUAUACAUGUUAUUAUUUCUUAAGAAUUAAAGCAUUCGUUUAUGACUAAAUCAAAA